AAUAUUAGAAGAUAUAAAGAAGACACGAUGACAGUUAUUGCGCCUACCAAAUUCGUUGACCUAUGAGUCAACUAGUGUGGGUUUCAAUUUCGAUCGUUCUUCCCCUAUGCUCUGAACUAUUUUCUCUGGAGCAGUUGAGCGGAGCAAGAGAGUAAAGAAUGGGAUCAAAAGAUCCAAGCGAGAAGGCGCGGGUUUGGAGACCCAAGUUUAAGUUUAAGGCCCUACUCUGUUGCCCAAGAAGUUCAUCAGCUACAGCAACACCUCCUCCUCCUCCGCAAGAUUCAGCUUGCAGUUCCACUCAUCAGUCAAACAGGCGAGUAUACAAGCAUGAUGUGUUUCUGAGUUUCAGGGGCACCGACACCCGCAACAAUUUCACCGAUCAUCUCUAUCAUAAUCUCAUCAGGGAAGGAGUUUUGGCCUUCAAGGACAACGAGAGGCUUCAGAAAGGGGAACCUAUCUCUGCUCAGCUUCUGCAAGCCAUCAGAGAUUCCCGUGUUUCUAUCAUUGUCUUCUCACGUGAUUAUGCUGCCUCCACAUGGUGCCUCGAUGAAAUGGCUACCAUAGCUCAAUGCAAGAAAGAGUUCGGACAGACGGUUUUCUCCGUUUUCUAUGACGUGGAUCCUUCCGAUGUUCGAAAGCAGCGCGGGGUGUAUGAGGAUGCUUUUCUUUUGCAUACGGAGCGGUUUCAACAAGAUCUUGGCAAGGUUGAACGCUGGAAGAGAGCUAUGACGGAUUUGGCCAAUUCUGCUGGAUGGGAUGUUAGAGAUAAACCAGAAUUCACAGAGAUUGAUAAAAUGAUUCAAAAAGUAAUAAAAAAAUUGGAUCAUAGAUUUUCUGGGUCUGCUGAUGAUCUUGUAGGGAUACAACCAUGUGUAAAAGAAUUAGAACAAGUUCUAAAGAUAAACCCAAAGGAUGAAGAUGUUAGAGUUCUUGGAAUCUGGGGAAUGGGCGGAAUAGGAAAGACAACUCUUGCCAGUGUCUUGUAUGACAAAAUCUCUUAUAUGUUUGACGCACAUUGCUUUAUCGAGGAUGUGCACAGAAGUUAUAGAGAUGGCAGUGCUAUUGCCGUUCAAAGACAGAUUCUUCGUCGAACUCUAGAUGAACAAGAUCUGGGAAAAUAUAGUCCUUCUGAAAUAGCUGGCAUAAUCAGAAAUAGGCUAUCUUCCAAAGAGGUCCUUAUAGUUCUUGAUAAUGUUAAUGAAAUGGAACAAUUAGAACAAUUGGCUAUUAAUCCUAAAUUACUUGGAAGAGGAAGCAGAAUGAUCAUAACCACUAGGGAUGAACAUAUUCUUAAAAGUUAUGGAGUAGAUGCAAUUCACAAGGUUUCGUUAUUGAAUUCCCAUGAUGCGUCGGAUCUUUUUUUAAGAAAGGCCUUCAAAAGUGACCGUCCUAGUAGCAGCACUUGCAUGGAGUUGACUCCUAGUAUAUUGGAAUAUGCUCAAGGUCUUCCAUUAGCAAUCAAAGUAGUGGGUUCUUUCUUGUACAAUAGGAAUGCUUCCCAAUGGAGAGAUUAUUUUGAAAGACUGAAGAAACAUCCAGACAAAAAAGUUACUGAUGUGCUUCAAAUAAGUUUUGACACACUGCAAAAAGAAGACAAAGAAAUAUUUUUGCACAUUGCUUGCUUUUUCAUAGGGCAGAGGGAAGAGUAUGUAAAGCGAAUUCUAGAUGUUUGUGGACUACACCCUCACAUUGGAAUUCAAGUUCUAAAGGAGAGAUCACUCAUAACUAUUAAGAACCAAGAGUUUCAUAUGCAUGACAUGUUUCAAGAAUUGGGGAAGAAACUUGUUCGAGAAAGAUAUCCUGAAGAGCCAGCAUUAUGGAGCAGAGUAUGGCUCUAUAGCGAUUUUGAAAGUGCUUUGAUGUCAGCUGAGACGGUAAUCUUCUCAAACUAAAUAUUCUGAUUUUUCUUAUUUUCAAUUAGAGCAUUUUAUAAUAAAUCCUUUCUUUAUUCAUCUCCAUCCUUAAUUCCUUUCUUUAUUCAUCUCCGUCCUGAAGCUGAUGUUUUAGGAUGGGUCAAUUGCUAUGCAAACCACAAAAAACAGCGUUAUUUCCUCCUCCUAUUACACCCCCAUAAGUGUUUAGGGAGGAGGUCUAGGACACUAGCGGAGGAUAACUGUCAUAUUAUCAACUUAA